CGGUGGGAUCAACGUGUGGUGUUAUACCUUCCGUCUGUGGAUGGGGGAUUUCGACGUUGCCAUCUGUGUAGAGGAGGGGCAAGAUCAUGGGGAGAAUUCCCUCCGCGGACGAGAGGAGACGGUCGAUAACUCUCGUGCGGAAAGAGGGGAACUACGAGGGGUGCACCUAGUGGAGGCGCGUUUCUGGGACAGGGCGGGAGAGUACGAGCAAGCCUUGAAUCGAACGAUACUCGAGCAAGGCGAGGGCUGUCGAGAGAGGUGUGAGGAUUCACUGGUCGAGGUGGCGGAGAGACUAGCUAUGGUAAGGAGUCUGAAGGAGGUAGUGAGGCACAAGGAUCGAGUGAAGGGGGAAGAGGCUCGGAGGAGAGUAGCGGGGMAGAAGGYYGAGGAAGUGACUCUAGCGAAGAGAGCGACUGAGAACAGGUGCAUGGAAAGUGUGGUUGAGCACGGGGUCGCCCAAUCACCUAAGACCGCUGCUAUGGGGCGAACCAAGGAGGAUACCGAAUUGGGGGCGAGAUUGAGCAAGUCAGCCGAAGGAGUGACCRAAGGGGUAGGAASUAUGGGUAGGGCCUUAAGGAACCUGGARGAACCCCUCGGAGAAAAAGCUACGGAACCUYGUGCGGGUUCGGAUGAGCGUUUGCACCGAGAGAUGGAACCGCGUGUACCUGWGAGAGAAAGGGUGGCAGAAGCCACGAGGGGCUUCCCAUUCGAAACCCGAUGGGCGGGACACGUGGACACGGAGGAAAGAGUCGGCGAGGGGCAGGAGUGCCCUCGUGAUAGAGUUGGAUACUGGGCACCAAGGAGAAGCGAAAAAGGUGGCCCAAGGAGGAGGGAACUUGGGGAAAAAGGACCGGUCGAAAUUGGAGGAGGACCGCGAAGAUGGGCCGACAGGCAGACCUGUUCCGCGUGGAUGCAAGACGAGGCAGUAGGAAGGAAUAUGGGUGGAUUCAGAGAUAUCUGGAGAGGGGCGAGGGGCCAGGAGACCAUGCACUGGAAGCGCGAGGACCCGGGUUAUAGAGGUCGUCGUGGGGAGGAAUUCUGGGGCCCUCCGAGAGCUCGACCGCGGAUGGAGGAUUUGGACCCUUCCUGGUACAAACCCUACGAUCCGACGACAGAUGGACCAGCGGAAGGCCCUUAUUUCCGUCGUUAUGACGACCGACGAGUUCCCUACUACGGUGUGAACCUGGGACUAGAGUCGCUCUACUUCAAUGGAAGGGACGUGACAAGGUUCGUGGAGAAGUGGGAGAGUUACGCCUACCGGAAGAAGUUCUUUGAGAAAGAGUGGAUCAACCACUUGAUACAACAUUCGGACCCCGAAUUGGACCAGGCCAUUAGGGCCGUAUACCCGUCUGAUGGAAGGUGGAAGACCUUUAAGAACAGCCUAUUGAGGAUCUUUGCAUGCGAUGACAUAAUCCUCACGAUAGAAGGGUUGCGUCGGGUGACGAGAGGGGAGCAAGAGAGCAUGGUGGCCUUUACUCGAAGGUUCAAACGUUUAUCGCAGGCUUUGGUAGAUAGAGGGAUGCUCUCGGAAGUAAACAGGUGCGUAAUGUUCAUGUUGCACCUGCCUGAGGAGAAGAGGAAGGAGGUCCUCGAGAAGGCCCCUAGGGACUCCGCGAAUUUCGAAAGAGUUGUCGAGAUAGUCUUUACGGGAGGAGGAAUAGACAUACGAGAAUAUAUGAAGGAGAGUCUGGACAUGGUAUUCCGGAGUAUGCUCAGCCAAAGGCGCGACGGUCCCCGCGGGUACGAGAGGCAGCCUCCUGGACCUCUCGGUCAACGCUGGGGAUGAGGACCCCCGGGUUGGCGGAGCGAGCCCGGUAACCAAGGGAACUGGAAGGGCGACCGAGAGACUGUAGGGAAUCGGGCCUCGGAAUGGGGGAAUUCCCGUUGGAAGGAUGGAAGGGACAGAAGAUGGGGAGAGUUUCCCCAACCUAGGAAUACAGGGGCUCGUCCUGAGGUGAGUCAGGCUAGGACAUUGCAGCCUCCCGGCCCUUCCGCUACCAUGGGAGCGGCAUCUCCAGUAGCCCCUCGCCCAAACAAUCCGCCGGCUCGAAGCGGGUGUGUCUACUGCAAUGAAGACGGUCACAUCAA